AUGGAGCUGGAUGGGCUUCGGAAGGCUUCGUCCAGGGAGUUGGAGUUGUCCUUCUCUGCUGGUAGUCGUGAGGAACGCGAAGUGGUAGCCGCUCUCAGGCACUGCCUGGAGCUGGUGGAGUGUGUGCGGCGCCUCGUGCCGGCGCGGCGUUUCGGAGUACGUUUGGCCUUGCGCCGAAGUCGAGGCCUGGGGAAGUCGCUGGGCGGCACUGUGACGUUGACGUUGAUUCGGUUGACCGGAAACAGGCAUGUGAGUGAUACAGCAGUGAUACUUGCCCGCCUCCGGGUGUGGCUACCCUUACCCACCUCUUGCCUGCCGAACCCGCCUCUUGCCCACCUUCCGGUGUGGCUACCCUUACCCACCUCUUGCCCACCUCCGUUGUGGCUACCCUUACCCGCCUCUUGCCCGCCUCCCGGUGUGGCUACCCAUACCCGCCUUUUGCCCGCCUCCCGGCGUGGCCACUCCAUGCUCUUUCUUUUGUCCUUGUUUUAUUUGCCCGCCUGCGCCCCCUUCAGCCCCUUCGACGCCGCUGCCGGUGCCGCCGGUGGCGCUGGUGUCCAGAGAUUGCCACCAGCGCGACGCAAGUUGCGCGCAGCGGGAGAUCGAAGCUUUCGAAUUUGGAAGGAAGGUCUUGUCUACGUGGUGAAGUCUAAGAGUCCGGCAGCGGCGGUGGGUCUGCGGUGUGGGGAUCGAUUGGAACAGGUGCAAAGGUCUGCACAGGGAUGGCUGCAAGAUCACCAAGACUCACCCGCUUUGAUCAACAUGUGGCAGCUGCCCAGUGCAACGGAUCUGGACCUUGUCUUUCUGGCUGGUGAUGAGGAGGACAGGGAGCUUGCUGCCGCCCUUCGGAUCCAAGCGUGUUGGAGGGGCCACGGGCUUCGGGCACACUUCGCAAGCACCAGCCCACAUCUUGCGGUGGCACAGCUGCAGUUGCUGCAGACACAACGUGAAUUGCUGGAUGUAAAGGCGCGGCAUCCAGACAUCUCCAGUUUGGUCGGCUCUCUCCGUGAGAAAGUGGCCCGGAAGGAGCGUCGCAUCGAUCAGCUGAGCGCCUCAGCCGAAGGCCACGCCUGGGCGCUGCGCGUCCUGACGCAGCGCCUCGAAGCGGCGGAGCGACGAGAACGAACAAAGGCCGUGGCGCAGUCGGAUCUAUCACUCAGACAGCUUGGUGCUCUACGACGCUUGGAUGGGCUGCCGGAUGCUGUGGAGAGUGGUGACAGCGUGGUGAACGGUGUGAACGCUGCAGCCGUUAGACCUGUGAUGUGUGAGGUGGCGUGUGCCACUGACAUGGAUGCAGAGGAUGUGGAUGAAGUGGAAGCUUUGAAGUCGGAACUGGAAGCCCUGAAACAGCAGCAGAAAGAACAUCCUAAAGAGUAUGCAGACAAAGGGGUACCUUGCAGUGACGAUGAAUCUGAUCCUGCGCAAGAAGUUCCACAGGAAGUUCCACAGGAAGUUCCACAGGUUCCCACGCUGGCCUUGUUGGACAAGGAAGACUUCUCAGAUGAGUUGGAUGAGGCAACGACACAGCGAUUGCAGGAGAUUUCUCAAAGUAUGGCCGCCAUGACGCGAGCCGAAGACACAACAGACAUAGUUCACCAAGGAGGGAGUUUGUUCAUCACGCUGUUGGCACGUAGUGGCAAGCUUGGCUUCAGAUUGACAGCAGCACCAGGUCUCUUGGUCUACCGCACCGAGCGGUGCAGCUGGGCAGAGGCGGCAGGGCUGCGAAGAGGUGAUCAACUGGUGAAAGUCAGUGGGGUCGAUGCCAAGCUGUUGACCUGGCAGCAGUUGCAGCGUGCCUUGCGGCUGCGGCCUCUGGAGCUGACCUUCUUCCGAGGUCCAGGAACUGGGCCAUCACAUCUCUUGGAGCAGAUAGCGGAAACAUUGUCAGGUUUUCGAGCUUGGAAUCUCAGCAAGGAUGACGCUCCGCAGUUUGUGGCAUCGCCACUAGAGGUGCCUGUGCCGCGUGUGCUGAGCCCCAGCCCAGAUCCAGGUGCGCCCAAGGUCGGGCCAGUGCGCACCGCAGGCAGCCCGGAUCUGACACCGCGACCCCGCCCGCGGCUGGAGAUGUUGGAGGAGCCUUUAGAGGUCUUGGCAGCGGUGGCACAGGAUGUUUCAGCCCUGCGCUGUGCCAGUGAACGCCUUCGUUCUUCCAAAGAUUUCCUGCUGGAGGUGUUACGUGGAAUACCUUCGGAGCAGGUGGACCGCAGCCGAGCAAAAGCCUUUCAUUUCGCUUCGGAUGAGUUGAAGAAGGAUCGGCAGGUGGUCAAGGCAGCCGUGCAGUUGGAUGCUCCAGAAAUCUUCCCAGUGGCAGCAAGGUUCCAGGCCGACCGCGAAAUCGUGGAACUGGCCGUGAAGCAACAUGGCAGUUUGUUGAGCUUUGCCAGUGAAGAGUUGCAGCACGACAAAGGUCUGGCGUUGCUGGCGGUUCAAAGCGAUGGCUGGGCGGUGCAGUUCGCGGCGCCCGAGCUGUGCAGGGACCAGGAGGUGGUGAUGGCAGCCUUGCAUCAGAAUCCUGGCGUCUUCCCCUUUUUGGUUCGCACCUGGCGUGACCACCUCACGGAUGUCGCGGGCACCGAAACCGCGGGCACUGUGCCACCAAUGAUGAGAUUGCUACAGGGAGGUGCCGAGUGCGUGAAGGACGACCGGGAGCUGGCAAUGGCCGCCGUGCAACAAAACUGUGACAUUUUCCCUUUCCUGAGCUUCAACUUGAAGGCAGAGAAAGACUUGGUGCUGCAGGUGGCCAAAGAGAAGGGUGCCCUUCUGAAGCAUGCAUCGCCUCUUCUCCAAGCCGACAAAGAGGUGGUUCUAGCAGCGGUGCAGCAGAACGGCUGCGCCUUGCUCUAUGCCUCGCCAGUGCUGCGCCGGGACAAAGAGGUCGUUCUCCAAGCAGUGCGGCAGAACCAUGAGAUCUUUCCCCUCUUGGUUUCAGACAUGAAGGCUGGGUGCUCUGCUUGCUGCACAAUGCAGCAGAUAACCAAGACUGUGGCUCUACUAGCAAAUAAGGGUUACUAUCCACUGUAG